GAAUAUUUUGAUACUUUUCUCUCCUUGUUUUUUGCUCCUGGUUUAUUGUUCAUUUUUUAUCGGUGUUUCGUUUUCGUUUUGUUUUAGUUCAUUGUUCAAAUCUACGUAAAUCGUAGAUUUGAUUUGAUUUUGAUGAUUGUUGAUUCUAAUGUUGUUAUGUAAUAUGAUUUAAUUGUAUUUUCGUAAGAAGCGGCUAAAGGUUUACUUAUAGGGGAGAGGAAAAGUGUCUCCUUGGUGAUUUUCCGGAGACGGAAAGUCAAUAACACUUAUUAGAAUUAAAGGAAAUUUAUUCUGUAUUGAUCAUCUCUGUGGGGAAUCAGUUCUUGUUGAUGAUUCAAAACUAUUUGUUUACAAAAUUUCUCAAUUGUCAACUCGAAUAUUAGUUAAUAUUUUUAUAUUUUGUUUUUCUUUUCUCCUCUGUGAAUUUAAAUCAUGGCUGGAAAUGGACAGGAAGCUUGGCCUCAAUAUGCUGGUGUUCCUGGAUCAGAGCCUGUGAAUGUUCCUGACAACAAUUGGGACGAAGUGAUUAACAAUUUUGUUUGUAAUUUACCCGACGUAACUGCCCAAUCACAACCACCAUCAGGACCAACUCUAAGUCAAUCUGAAUUACAAAGGCGUCAGGAGGAACUUGAAAGAAAAGCUGCCGAAUUAGCUGCUCGAGAAGAAGCUCUGAGAACUGCAUCAACCAACAUUAAAGAAAACAAUUGGCCUCCGAUACCCAAAUUCUGUCCCGUUGGCCCUUGUCUUUAUCAAGAUAUAAAUGUUGAAAUUCCACCAGAAUUUCAGAAGAUAGUCAAUUAUGGUUAUCGUUUAUGGAUGAUUAAUGUAUUAGUCUUAUUUGUUAAUUUUCUUGGUGGAUUAGCAAUUUUCUCUGUUGAUGGUGAUCAUAACAUAUUCUCCUCUUCAAUACUUAUGUUAAUCUUUCUUACACCAGCCUCGUUCAUGUGCUGGUUUAGACCUUUGUACAAGGCCUUUCGAAAUGAUAGUGCUGUUAAUUUUAUGGUUUUCUUCUUCGUUUUCUUCUUUCAAUGUAUUUUCUCCGUUUUCUGGGCCAUUGGUCUACCCACCGGUGUUGCUUGUGGCCUGAUAACGGCCUUCAAAUCACAUGAAAGUAUCGCUUUAAGAGUAUUUAUCUGGCUCGUCGCCAUCGUCCUGAUCAUUAAUGCAGCAUCAAAUAUUCUUAUCCUAUUAAGAGUACACAAUAUCUAUUCUAGUACCGGUGCCUCAUUAGCUAAAGCACAAGAAGAAUUCCGUCAAAAUGUUAUGACCAAUGAUUUCACCCGUCAAGCGACAAGCGCUGUGGCCACAUCAUUAACCCGUUCAGCAAUGAAUCAAGCUUUCGGUGGUACUGGAACCGGCACUGGUAACCAAGGAAACACUGGACCAGGUCUAAGAUAUUAAAGUGAAAGAAACAAAUUAAAUUAUUUAAAUUCUAUUAUAUCUCAAUUCCAAGCUAAUCAUCACAUCAUCUCAAAACACACACAUCACUCCCACCACCACCACCGCCAUUAUCAUCAUCAUCCACCUACAAAACACACCUUAACAAUUGAUUGAAUUAAAGGGAAACGAGGAUAACAAUAUAAUAAUUGAAAUGAUACAAUUUGUUUCUCUAUAUUAAAACAUAAUCAAUGUAAAGAUAAUUUGUAAUCUCAGCAAACACAAACAAUCAAAUUGUAUUAAUCAAACGUGAAACUAAUUAUCUUAAAUAUCCUCCAUGAAUGAGUUAAUAUCAUCAUCAA